AUGUCGUUGGAGGAAUUUAUACGAUUGGCCGACAACUUGGUCGAGUUUGAGGCCGCUUUGAAUGCGAAUGAACUGCCUGUUUCAUCGCUUUGUCUUCUUGAGACCCAUAGGGAUGAAGCAAAGUCUAUUUGGUCUCGCCUGAAGAUGUCUUACGAGAAAUGUCUUGUCGAUAUAUCUACUGAGAAGAAAGAUGAUGGUGGGGUAGUUCUGGAGAUCGAGUCCGUUAAGGAGAAAUAUAAGACUUCGUACUGUACAUACUGCCGUUGCAUCUCCAAACUGACCGAGACUAUUCAGACAUUCUCCUCCCCAGUUUCGCCUACAAUUCCUAAUACCAAUCCGAGUUUCAAUUUGCCUCCGAUAGAAUUGAAUAUUUUCCACGGUGAUUUCAAAUCAUGGCCGACCUUCCGGGACUUAUACACGGCGAUUUGCAUACAAAACUCCAAAUUGAGUCCAGUGGAGAAGUUGUUUCAUUUGUCGCAGAAGACGAAAGGCGAGGCACAUGAAAUUGUGUCCAAAAGCCCACUUACUAAUGAGGGUUUCAGAACAGCUUGGACAAAUUUAUGCGCCCGGUAUGACAACAAGCGAGUUCUCAUUAAUGAACAGCUGAAGACAUUGUUCGGUCUUUCUGCCAUCCAUUCGGAAACGGCAGCUUCUCUCAAGAAGUUACAGAGGGAUAUCAAUUCAUGUAUAUCCACUUUGAGAAAUCAUCAGAUCGAUACCGACAGUUGGAAUCCGAUUUUCAUCUUUCUUUGCUCAAAUUGCCUUCCCGACUCCACCCUGACGCUUUGGGAACAGACCUUGAAUGAUAAGACCACCAUUCCCAAGUGGUCCGAUUUUGAUGAUUUCCUGACCAAUCGGCAUAGAACUUUGGAAUCAGUUUCCGAAAUCAGAGGUUCCAAGGAGCAUUCCUAUACGAAUACCGGUCCCAAAUCCAAGACUAACGGCAACAAUAAAUCCAAUUCAGGUAAAGUGCGGACGUUUCAAGCGCAGGUCAAUCCGACCACUUGCAAGCUUUGUCCCAAAGAGGUCCACGUUAUCAGAAAAUGUCCAAAGUUUCUCGACAUGAAUUAUAAUCAAAGAUUGACCGAGAUUAAAAGACAUAACUUGUGCUUAAAUUGUUUUUCUAGUGCGCAUAUAGUCAAGGACUGCAAGAGUAAGCACUCCUGCUACAAAUGCGGCAAGCGCCAUAAUACUCUGCUACAUAGAGAAGCUGAUCAACAAAAGGGCCCUACUGCACCGUCUUUCAAUACCAAUCAGACACCAAGGAAUGAUCUACUUCCUCCACCGUUUGUACCACACCCUUCUACUAUAUCCAAUCUACAGUCCACAGGUUCGACAGCCGCGGUCCAAAAGAAAUGUUGCUUUGCUAUAGGUUCGGAGAUAGAUGAUGACUUUGAGCUCAUCGUAUCGGCAUUGGUGGUCCCCCAUCUUUCCAACAAUCUCCCUUCCAAUACUAUAGAUGUGCAAUCUCUGUCGGAUUUACCACCGCUUCAACUGGCCGAUCCUCGGUUUUAUGAGAGCGCAAAGAUUGACUUACUUUUGGGAGCAGAUGUCUUUCCUUCUAUAAUUUUAUCCAGAAACCGAAAUAAUAUUUGUGGUUCCUUAAUGGCUCAGGAGACUGUAUUUGGAUGGAUCCUGACCGGCCCCAUUUCGUCGAGAACACUUUCGUCCUUUUCAACUCACGUAUCGUUUUUUUGUGAAAUUUCUUUAGAUAAAGAGAUUUCACGCUUUUGGGAGGUGGAAAAUAUUCCACAGAAGCGUGUUUUAUCCCAGGACGAUAGAUUUUGUGAAGAAUUAUAUCAGAGGACAACGAAGAGGAAUCUCGAAGGGAGAUACGUGGUUUCAUUGCCAUUUAAACAAGACUAUCCCGAUAAGUUGUGUCUUGGACAAUCCAAGUCUAACGCAAUGGCUCAAUUCUUUCGCAAUGAAGGACGCCUCCUUCGAAAUCCUGAGUUGAAAAAGGAAUAUGAUAACUCCUUGAUAGAAUAUCUCUCUUUAGAUCAUAUGACCCAGGUAGUUCCCGGUUCUAUUUCUCAAUCAUCCUACUAUUUACCUCAUCACGCUGUGGUAAAGCCUGAAAGGACAACUACCAAGGUUCGAGUAGUGUUCAAUGCAUCCUCUCCUUCUUCCAACGGCGUAAGUUUGAAUGAUGUCCUCUACACCGGUCCUGUUUUACAGAAUGAUUUGACUGUUUUAAUUCUUAAAUGGCGAUUUUAUCGUUUUGUGCUAAACGGAGAUAUACAGAAGAUGUAUAGACAAAUCCUGGUCAAUCCUUCUCAUAUCCCUUUCCAACGGAUUCUGUUCCGUACAAGCCAAAACGAUCCCAUCCAAGAAUUCGAGUUGAAGACCGUUACAUUUGGACUAAAUUGUGCCCCCUAUUUAGCCAUUCGUACCAUGAUUCAAUUGGCGAAUGAUGUUCAGGAAAGGUACCCUUUGGCAAGUCGAAUCUUAAGGGAGUGUAUGUAUGUUGAUGAUGCUUUAUUAGGGGCACAUUCUAUUGAAACGGCAAUUGACGCCAGGGAUGAACUUAUCCAAGCUCUUCAUUCGGCAGGAUUCGAAAUGAGAAAAUGGAUUUCUAAUUCUAAAACCAUCCUUGAUGGAUUGCCCUCGGAUUAUCUUUUAAGAACAGACUUUUUGGAAUUCGAGGAUCGUAGUUCUGCCAAGACUUUAGGAAUACACUGGAACGCGCAUUCAGAUGAGUUUUUCUUUUCCACAACACAAUUUCCAUCUGAUUGUUCCUACUCGAAAAGAGAAGUCCUUUCCCAGAUAGCCAAAUUAUUCGAUCCAGCCGGCUGGCUAUCGCCUAUCAUUAUAGUCGCAAAGAUCAUAAUGCAAAGAAUAUGGAUGGAUCAUAUCGAAUGGGAUGAAGUCAUUUCACCUGAACCUCUCUCUAUGUGGAAGUCUUUUCAGGCCAAUUAUUCCAAUAUUGAUAAUAUGAGAAUUCCAAGAUGGUUUGGUUAUGCUCCUGAAGGCAUCAUCGAAUUUCAUGGGUUUUCUGAUGCCUCAGAAAAGGCCUAUGCUGCAGCCAUUUAUAUCCGUGUGCUUUAUCCGAAUUCUGUUAUAACCCAUUUGAUUAGUUCCAAAACCAAAGUGGCUCCACUAAAGACUUUGUCGAUUCCUAGAUUAGAGCUUUGUGGAGCCACACUGUUAGCGGAAAUGGUGGACAAUUUACUUCCUCAAUUUGACAUUCAAGACUACUCCUUAUUUUGUUGGACUGAUUCAACUAUAGUCUUGUCGUGGCUUGCGAAACCACCCUGUUGUUGGAAUACAUUUGUGGCAAAUAGGGUUUCCAGAAUAACUCAAGUAGUAGAUCCCUCAAAAUGGUCUCAUGUGGAGUCUGAACACAAUCCUGCGGAUUUAGCGAGUCGAGGUACCUAUCCAAGCGAGUUAAUAAAUAGUAAACUAUGGUGGAACGGACCAACUUGGUUAUCUAAAGAUUCAAAACAUUGGCCGAAAAACACUACUGAAGAAAUCGAGGAAACUGAUCUGGAGAAAAAACCAAUAAAGGUCCAUUUCACUUAUUUCCAAAACUUCGAUGAUGUGCUUGAGCGAUUUUCCUCGUUUUCCAGAGCACUAAGAGUUAUUGCGUACGUCUAUCGUUUUUAUUUCAACACGCACCCCAAAUUUCGAUCUAACUACCAUCGAUCCGAUAACAAAAUCACAAAUUCCGAAAUCCUUUUUGUCCGAAAACAACUUAUAUCCAUUUACCAAAAGGCGUUUUAUCCAAAUGAGUACAUGGUGCUUAGUUCCAAAAAGACCAUUCCAUCAACGAGUCCACUUUUAUCCCUAAAUCCAUUUGUUGAUGCUGAAGGAAUUAUGCGUGUAUGCGGAAGAUUAGAAUUAUCUCCAAUGUUAUCCUACAACGAGAGACAUCCAAUUCUUCUUCCCUACAACUGUCAAUAUUCCCGCCUUCUAAUCCAAUUUAUUCACCAAAUCAGUCUACAUGGCGGAAACCAACUUGUACUUCGUUUGGUGCGAACUCAAUACUGGAUUCCUAAAGUACAAAACCUAAUAAAAACUACAAUUCAUCGUUGCAAAACUUGUAUAAUUUACAAGAAGAAAUUUCAACAACAAAUGAUGGCAGCGUUGCCUCCUGAACGUUGUGAGAUUUCCCGACCUUUUACUCAUACAGGACUGGAUUUUUCAGGUCCGUUCGAGAUGAAAAGCUAUGCAGGCAGAUGCUGUCGUAUUUCCAAAGCAUACGUGUGUGUGUUCGUUUGUUUUUCCACUAAGGCGAUACAUUUAGAAACGACAUCAGACUUGUCCACUUCCUCUUUCCUUGCAGCAUUUAGUCGUUUUAUCUCCAGACGGGGCUGCCCUCUACACUUACAUUCAGAUAAUGGAACUACGUUUGUGGGAGCAUCCCGAAUAAUGGCAAAAGAAUUCAUUCAAACGUCACAUAAGGCAAUAACUUCCAACUAUGCCCAUCAAAAUUUGACAUGGCACUUCAUUCCGCCCGGAGCCCCCCAUAUGGGAGGAUUAUGGGAGGCUGGGGUCAAAAGUUUUAAGCAGCAUUUUAAGAAAACUAUAGGUCUUCAAAAAUUCACAUUCGAAGAAUUCCAAACACUGCUAUCCAAAAUUGAAGCAUGCCUUAAUUCCAGGCCAAUUUCUCCAAGUUCACAAAAUCCAACAGAUCUAGCAGCUUUGACACCAGGACAUUUCUUAAUUGGAUCCCCGAUCUUAGCUCCCUUGGAACCAGAAAUAAGCCAAACACGCAUUUCUAUCCAAAACCGUUGGCAAAGACUGAAGACUUUUCAUCAAAUUUUCUGUGUGCGAUGGAAAAACGAGUAUCUGAAGGAGUUGCAAAAACGCCAUAAAUGGAAGAAACCCACAGAAGAUCUAAAAGAACAAAUGCUGGUUGUUAUUAAGGAGGAGAACUUACCUCCUAAUAGUUGGCGACUUGGUAGAAUCACCAAGGUCCACCGUGGUGACGAUAAACGCGUUAGAGUUGCUGAUAUCCUUACCCAAAAGGCAACUUUGCUUCCUACAGCUAUUGUAAAAAUUCAGACAAAAGAAGGAAAACGUCUAGCCCGAUGUUUGCUGGACACGGCCUCCCGCAUGAGUUGGAUUUCCAAAAAGUUUGCAGACAAGCUAAAUUUAACAACCCUAGAGCUGGACAAUGAAAUUAUCUGUCCCGUCACUUUAUGGUCAUGUGUUGAUUCCAACUAUAAGCUUAAAGCCACGCUGAGGGUCAAUAAUCGGAUCAGUACAACCACCCCCAAAAAAUCCCUACCGGAAUCCAUCAAAUCCAAUUUCCAAAACUUAAUCCUUGCAGACAGCAAUUUCUACAAAUCCUCUGCUAUAGACAUUGUAGUGGGGGUUGACAUUUAUUCUCGUAUUGUUCUUGAUGGCAUCUACAUAAAAACUGGUCUUCCGACAGCCCAGAAUACUGCAUUUGGAAUGAUUUUGUAUGGUACAUUUUCACCUUAA